AUGGAGGAGACUUCAUGGAGGAUCAAAUCAAACACUAAAUGGUUGCAAGAAGGAGACCAGAAUAUUUCGUUAUUUAUCAGCAAUGCAUCAGCUAGAAGAAGAUACAACAGAAUCAGACAACUCUAUAUCGGUAAUGAAUUGGUGUCGGAUAGAGAAUAUGAUUUCACUGAAGAAGAAGUUUUGCAUGCUAUCAAAGAUUUAUAUAAUGACAAGGCCCCGGGUCCAGAUGGCUUCCCUAUUAUGUUCUUUCAGAAGCGUUGGCAUUUUAUCAAGAGAGACAUUAUGGGUACAGUGAAUGAGUUUUGCACUUCGGGUACUAUCAAUUCUAAACAUAACUCUACUUUCAUUACUCUUGUACCAAAGAAGGACCAUAUUGAAACUAUAAAAGAUUGUAGACCUAUUUUUCUUCUUACUAGCGUUUACAAAAUCAUUGCAAAAGUUCUAGAUACAAGGCUGAAACUUGUUAUGGAUAAACUUAUUUCCUCGGUACAAUGUUCAUAUACUGAAGGCAGGAAAAUAAUUGAUGGUACUUUAGUUGCUAAUGAAUUGGUAGAUUCUAGACUAAGGUCUGGAAAUGAUGGUAUUGUGUGCAAGAUUGAUCUUAAGAAGGCGUUUGAUAGAAUUAACUGGAGAUAUCUCGAAUUUGUUCUACAUCAAAUGGGUUUCAGUAGAAAAUGGUGUAAUUGGUUGAGGUUCUGUUAUUCUACUUUUUCCUUCUCGGUACUUAUCAAUGGUUCUUCAUUUGGCUACUUCACAAGUACAAGAGGUGUACGACAAGGCUGUCCGGUAAAUACUUCGAAAACUCGACUCAUUGUUAUUGGAGAUGUUCCUAACCUAGCUACUUGGGAGGAAGAAUUUGGUUGUUCAACCGAUUGUUUACCAUUUAUGUAUUUGGGGAUGCCACUUGGUGCAAAGUCUGGCUCAAAAAGAAUAUGGGAUCCAAUUAUAGAGAAGUUUGAUGCUAGAUUAUCUGUCUGGAGGAAGAUAUCUUUAUCUAGAGGAGGUAAACUUUCUCUUCUAAAAUGUAUCUUAUCUUCUCUACCCACUUAUUACUUUUCGUUAUUCAAGGCACCUAUUUCAGUUAUUAAGAUUCUAGAAAAGAAGAUGCGUAAUUUUUUGUGGGAAUUUAAGGAAGGUGCAAAGACCUCACACUUGGUUAACUGGGAUCUGGUUCGUGCAACUAAAGAAAAGGGUGGCCUUGGUGUUUGUAAUCUCAAGAUAAUGAAUUUAGCUUUAUUGGCUAAAUGGUGUUGGAGAUUUGGUGUCGAAAAGAAUAAACUUUGGUAUAAGAUAGUUGAAGACAAGUAUGGUACUGAUUUCUCCAAAUGGAUUCCCGAAAAUAUAACUCAAACAUAUGGAGUAUCCUAUUGGCGUGUGAUUGCUGGAACUACAAGUUUAAUUAGUGAAAAUUCAACACUCUUUGUGCAUUCAGGCAGUGCCAUUGCCUUCUGGAAUGAUAUUUGGUGUGGACAACUUCCUCUUGCAUCUGUUUAA